UGCCUGCAGGUCUGGGGCGGAGAGGGCCUAGGAUCCUCCGGCGAGCCCCUUUCUCUAGCAGCCCCGACCCGGCUGCAGGGGGCGCGCGGCCUUGGGCAAAAACAAGCCCUGGCAGGAGGGAGAGGAUUGUCCAGCCCUGGGGGCUUCGGUUGCUUGGAGGCAGGACCUGUUUACCCCGGGCUGGCGACCAAGAGUUUUUUGUCUUGACUUGGAUUUUGCGAAGCCUCCCGAGGUUGCCGCCUAGCCCGUUCCUCUUUGGAAACCAGGACAAGAAGCUCUUGCUGGCCAGGCAGCCACUGGACGCCUGGCUUUCUUGGGUUAGCCGCGUGAGGAUACGGAGGAUAUUCUGGGCCCCUGACGGCCCUGCCCGACUGGUUCCCAUCCACCCCAUUUCUCAGCCCUUCCUGCCUCACGGUGGACGAUGGGGUGCCGCCUGGACCUGUUUGGGGCUGUGCGUGCCAGAGCUUAGAGACUGCUCCGCGCUCCGCCACACCACAUGCCUUCCUCCCAGCUUGGGUUGGCACCGAACUUGACCAUCUGGGGCUUAAACUUUCCACUCCAAGAUAUCAGCAGGGGUCCAAAGAGGGGCCUCCAAGACCCAGCCUGCUCUCCCUGCAGGGUCUCCAAGGCAUUCCCCAAAUCCUUAACUCCCCUUCCCCUCAUUCCUCCCUGACUCUGGCAUGACCCUCUCCAAAGAACUGAACUCACCAGAAGGCACGGGGCUCCUCCCACACCAGGGUCACUGGUACUCAAAAUGGGCAGUUGAAACCCAGCAGGUCCUGUCACCAGCUUUCUCCACCUAGAGCAGUCCCACCAGACUGGCGGUGCUAAUUGCCACAGGUAGCCUCUCAGGCACAGGUGAGGGAAUGAAAGACACCCCUGGGACCGUCUUGAAGAACAGGAAGAAUGGGAGCAGUCGCUGUGCCCUGCAUCCAGCCAAAACUGCCAGCAGCCUCUUGUAGGAAGAGUCUCAGGGAGUGUUAAGAGUGCAGACUUGUAUGUCUGGUGAUCACCCUCACCUGAGGACCGCUGCUCAGGCUGCCCCGGAGCCUCCAUGUCUGUGGGAUUCAGAGUUUGUGGUGUUGCCUCACCUGGCUUUGGGUGCCCCCAAGUUUGGGAAAGGGUGUCAGCUAGAAGAUGCCUGAGCUGAGGAUUGGCAGAAAGCCCUCUCCGUGCUGUUGGAUGCUGGACACUGCCAGGCCCCCAUCUACAAACGAGUCGCUGGCCCAACUGGGAAGAGCUAAGCAUACCUGCUGGGGGCCCCCAGGCCUGACCCUUAAGAACUGCAUCUCUCACAGCAGGACAAGCUGUUUGUCUUCGUGGUCCCUGACAGAUGUGUGUUACCUCCAGCAUGAGGGUCUUCCUGCCGGUGCUGCUGGCUGUCCUGAGUGUGGAGCAAGCUCACUCCCUGAUGUGCUUUUCCUGCACUGAUCAGAAAAGCAAUUGGUAUUGCCUGAAGCCAACUGUAUGCGCCGAUACAGACAACUACUGUGUGACCCUGAGUGCGGCUGCUGGUAUUGGGAAUAUCAACCUUGGCUACACCUUGAACAAGGGCUGCUCUCCUGUCUGCCCUGGCCCAAGCAUCAACCUUGGUGUGGCGGCCGUGGGCACCAAGUGCUGUGAGAGCUUCCUCUGUAAUUUCAGCACGGCUGGCCAUGGCCUUCGGGCCAGUGCCCCACUACUGGGCCUUGGACUCCUGCUUAGUCUGUUGACUCUGCUGCGGCUGGGCCCCUGACCACCAGGCCCUACACCAUCACACUUCCUCCUGCUCAGGAAGAAAAGUCCAGCCCCUUCCAGGUCUCAGGAGGCCAUCCAUCUCCUCUCCGCUCCUAGUCCCACCCUCUGCCCCAGGGCCAGGCACCCACAUCUGAUCUGCCCCAGUGGAACCAGCCGCCUUCACUUCCAAAGUCAAUCAUGUACCCUCCCUUGGGGUAGCAGGGAUAGGAUGCAGAUCCCCUUGAAGUCUUAGGGCCUCAGAGUCAGUACUGGGUCCAUGGACACACUGAUGGGACAUUGAGCCCCAGGUGGGUGUUAAACGAAGUGUGCUGGGCAUGCUCAGUGCAGCAUGUGGUCCAUGUAUAAGUGAUACCACGUGGUGCCAAGGUGGGCAGAGAGGACUUAGAGCCUCAACUUCCACUAAAGCCCUCCUCUGGCUUUUCUGCAUCCAUGUUGUACUCGCGUUAGUAGGGUUUUGGGAGGGCUACCACAGAGCCAUUUACAGGCUUCUGCCCCCAGAGUCCCUGCCUGCCCCUUCCUCUGCCCACACUGGCUUCCUGCUGCUAUGGUGCCUCAAAUAAACAGUUCCCAACCCCUG